AUGGUCCGCCACGUGUACUGGAUCCCGAAUCUCACCAUCAACUUGUUGUCGUUCGCGAAGCUAGAAGAUCAAGGCUUCAGAUUUGAACUAUACUUAUCCACCCCGUCUUAUUUCAUCAUAAGAACCCCAAACGGUGUCAUAUUUACCGCGAUUUGUACGCCCCAAAGCUCCAUCUAUAAGAUCAUCGAACGAGAUUCAGAAAUCGGUGUCCACCAUUUGCCCAAAGCGGUCAAUUAUAUCGCCCAAUUUUAUCAUUAUGGAGACGUGAUGGCGACAGUCAGUGAAUCUGACGAUUAA